AUGAACCCCGCCGACCCCUACGCGACCGAACACAAGGAAAUGUGGGCUCUUGGCCAGCAGCCCCACGCGGGUGUCGAGAUAAGCGAGCGGAUGGACACCCUGUCGACCGGCGCCGGGCCGGGCCGAGCGGCAGCCUUGAAGAACAGGUCCAGCAUGUGGAUGCGGAACGUGACCACCAUCACCGAUCCGAGCAAGCUGAAGUUCAUCAGGAAUGUGUUCCAGAGCAUGCUCAAGCUGUUCCCUGGCAGCACGACUCUGGCUGCGGCCUACCUGCGAUUCGAGGGCGGACAGACGAACCUCACCGAGGCGCGGGAGGCGGCCAAGUCCCUUCUCUCCGCCAACCGCACCAACCUGCCCCUCUGGAACGAAUACGCCCAGCUGGAGCACAAGAGCGGUCAUCUGCCCGAGGCGCGCAAGGUGUACGACACAGCGCUGACGUUGCAGUUCGGUCUGCCCGCCUCCGCGCGCACCGACGCCCCGCUUCUCUUCCGCCACUACGCCGAGAUGGAAUUCUACCGACCCGAAGCGCUGGCGCAAGAGCGAACCGUCGCCACCGGCGCUGCGGCCUCGACUGUCGCAACGACGCCCUCGCGAGCC